UUCACACCUCUUUCUCUUUUUCUUUCUUUUCUUUUGUAUCCUUUGGGAUAAUAUACAAUUAUACAACCCUUUUAUUCCUUAUAUAUACACUAGAGCUAUCGAUGACAAACCUCCACAGUUGCAUUCAUCUCUCUCACUGGAACUAUAUAUUCAUAUGAUCUCAUCACCAGUUUAUAGUACUAGCACAUAAUCGAUGGAUUGGUACACAUGGCUCUCAAAGACCGGGCUCAACCCGGCACUAGUCUACGAGUAUGGUUUAGCCUUCACCCACAACGAACUCGAGGAGGAUGAUCUCUCCUACUUCGACCACGAGUUCCUCCAGAGCAUGGGCGUCUCCAUCGCCAAACACCGCCUUGAGAUCCUCAAGCUUGCUCGUAAGCACCGGCGCCGCCACCCAAAUGGCAGGUGGGCCCACCGGCCAGACGUGCUACUCCCCCGGCUCCUACUCGCCAUCAGGAGCACAAAGAGACGGGUCGAGAAGUACAUCAAGAGCUGGGUCCACAAUGAGGACGACUCAUCAUCGCCACCCUCAUCGGCUUUAGUACUUGUACAUAAGGAUAACUAUAGUAGGGCGACCAGUGGGUAUCACGGUACUGUGUUGAAGCGGAACAAGAAGGCUGCGGCUGCGGCCGCAACUAAUACUAGGAGCAGUACAGAGCAAGGGACGACGGUGAUGGGGCGGUUGUUGCUGACCAACGGGAGCCAUACUCCCGCGAGGGAUAAUAGCUUCUGUGAAAGUCCGGUGGUGUGUCCGUUAAGUGGGACGAAGAAGAAGGACUUGGAAGAUCAAGGGUAUUGGUCAGCUGGUGUUGAAGAGAUCAGGGUAAAGUGGAAGAACAUCGAUUCAUUAAAGGGCUGCCUGAUGGAGCCAAAGGCCAUAAAACAAUCUGGAAAACUUUUCUAUGAUUGCUGCUUUGUGAUGGGCUGGGUCCAACGUACGAGUUUGUAUCAAAUGCUUAUUAGCCUUGAGAUCACGAAUGGGCUGGACUCAAGUUCAUAUCGUGCUUGAUGCCAAUUGCCAUCUCUCAGUUCGGUCGCUGUUGGUCGAAAAUCAUCAAAGGAUCGGGUCGUAACUUAGCAAUUUGACCAUUAUAUGAGGGUGUAAUCCUUUGAAACUAGUUCAUAGGUUUGCAAGAUCGAUAAACUUAAAGUACUUUGAGUUUUGUAUAUACGGGAGUUUUGCAGUAAUAAGUUAA